CAACAGCGCUGCGGUUGCGUGGAGAGCCCAAUAGAGAGAUGAUGAGAUGAGCGCGAUUGCGCCCAGAUGAUGUGAUGAGGGCGAUUUUGCCCCACCGCGUGGCCUUAUCGUCGCCCUUCCCUUCGACCGACGCCCUCCAUCUGUUCGUUCGCGCGGCCCUCCGAAAAGAAGUUGCUUUUGCCUCGCCGCGAUCCGCGGCGGCUGCGAGGGGCGGCGCGGGGCGUAGGACGCGACACACGGACUCCCCAUGGCGUCCUCCGGGACCCUCCAACCAAGCCUAAUUGCCAACUUCGAUAGACCAGUCGCAUCUAUAAUGAGUCAUUCAUGCGUUGGACAUGCUAAAUUUCUGCCGUCCAAAAGAAACCGUGAAGGUUACAUCCCCAGAACUUGUACUGCAUCCUCACUACAGGUAUAUCCACCAUCAUCGCGGACGACCUUUUGCAUUUCAUCAGCGUUGGUAGCCUCAGUUCAACCCACAUCUUCUGAUGCACCCCAACGAUCGGCAGAGUGGUUUGCUCUCCGCAGAGACAAGCUUACCACAAGCACCUUCAGCACUGCCUUGGGGUUCUGGAAGGGCAACCGAAGGUCCGAGCUCUGGUACCAGAAAGUUUUUGCACCAGAAGCAGACAUGAUUGAGGCACCUGCUAGGGCUGCAAUGGACUGGGGCGUGUUCAACGAGCCUGCUGCUAUAGAAAGGUACAAGAGUAUCACAGGAAGAGAUGUUAGCUCUUUAGGCUUUGCAAUCCAUGCAGAGGCUAGUUACAUUUGGCUUGGCGCAUCGCCUGAUGGACUUCUAGGCUGCUAUCCAGACGGUGGGAUCUUGGAGGUGAAGUGUCCCUACAACAAAGGUAAGCCUGAGCUUGCGUUGCCAUGGCAAAUCAUGCCAUACUACUACAUGCCCCAGGUGCAGGGCCAGAUGGAGAUCAUGAACAGAGACUGGGUCGAUCUCUACUGUUGGACUCCCAAUGGCAGUAGUAUAUUCCGGGUGUACCGAGAUCGUGCAUACUGGGAUCUGAUGCACCGCAUCCUUCAUGAGUUCUGGUGGGGAAGUGUGGUGCCAGCAAGGGAAGCAUUGUUGCUGGGAAGGGAAGCAGAUGCCAGAGCCUACGAGCCAAAGCGCAAGCAUCAGCUAACAGGGUUGGUUAUCGGCACAAGCAGGAAGUUAGCUGCCGAUGCGAGGCUCCUGUGCAGGGACAUUGGAGGCCAUAUCGAGUUCUUCAGAUGAUAUUCUUAUGGUUUGCUCUGGAAGCUGAGAACCACAUUUGCUUGUCAGAAAAAUCUGUUCAAACCUCACACAAGGCCUUUCUCAACACAACAUGAAUUCUGUUGAGAAAAGGUUUUGAUGAUGAUGAUGAUGAUGAUGAGAAGGCAAAGCUCUCAUGUGGUUUGAUUGUUGUUUCAGCUUGCUGUUGGAUAAUAUUAAUAAAAAAUUGUUCUUUGGAAUCCAGAAGAUAUUUCUAUUA